AUGCCAUACUCAACCACCUUUGCUAACGAUCUUCUUUGCGGACGGACUGCGCUCAUCACUGGUGGUGGCUCGGGCAUUGGCCUUGGCAUUGCCCGGGCCAUGGUCUCGGUCGGCGCUUCAGUCGUUCUUGUUGGGCGGAGGGAGGAGGUGGUGACGGCUGCUGCAGCUGAGCUCAACGGCAUCAUCUCGUCGCUACCGAGCACGACCGAGGCCAAAGCUGUGGGUCUGGCCGCCGAUGUGCGGAAGCCUGCCACGCUCGAGAAAGUUAUGGCCUCCAUCGAGGACGAUGAGCAGCUGCCGCCGCUGGCUGUGGUAGUCAAUGGUGCUGCAGGCAACUUUCUGGCGCUGGCCGAGGAUCUCUCGCCCAACGGCUUUGCCACUGUUAUGGGCAUCGAUGCCCUCGGGACCUUUAACGUGUGCUCGGCUGCCCUGCCGUUGCUGCGUAAAGGCGCCGAGGCGCUCGGCUCACCGGCCGUCGUCAUCAACAUCUCGGCCACGCUCCACAAACCGGCAACCUGGUACCAGAGUCACGCGUCGGCUGCCAAGGCUGCCAUUGACUCGCUGACCCGGAGUCUGGCGCUCGAAUGGGGUGCGCUCGGUGUGCGGGUGGUUGGCAUUGCGCCCGGGCCCAUCGCCCACACCCCGGGCUUUGCCAAGCUCGGCGGUGCUGCCGAGGGCGUCUACGACGCCAUCGCUAAGGUCGUCCCUGCCGGACGUAUUGGCCAGGUCACCGACAUCGGCCACGCCGCGCUCUUCCUGGCCUCGGGCGGUGCCGAGUGGAUCACAGGUGCGACCCUGGUUGUCGACGGCGGCGCCGUCCUCUACUCGCAGCCGAUCAUGCCGCGCUCGGUCGUCGCCUCCCACGCCCGCUCCGUUGAGGCCGCCUCCCGCGCCACAGGCCUCCCUGCCACAAAGUCGCGCCUCUGA